AUGGGUGACGCAGUCAACGGUGCCUCCGAGACGGAGCGCUUCGCUAUCGGUAUCUCCUUUGGCAACUCUUCCAGCUCAAUUGCCCGCAUCUCGCCCGAGGGCAAGGCUGAGGUUAUUGCCAACGAGGAGGGAGACCGUCAAAUUCCCAGCAUCCUCUCCUACAUUGACGGCGAGGAGUACCACGGUACCCAGGCCAAGGCCCAGCUCAUCCGUAACUCCAGCAACACUGUCGCAUACUUCCGGGACUACCUGGGCAAGGACUUCAAGUCCAUCGACGCUACCCCCUGCCACCAAUCCGCCCACCCCCAGCAGAAGGACUCGACCGUUGCUUUCACGAUCCGUGACACCGAGAGCGAGACCCGCAACACUGUUACCGUUUCGGAGAUCACCACCCGUCACCUCCGCCGCCUGAAGCAGUCCGCUACCGACUUCCUUGGUAAGGAGGUUAACGCUGCCGUUAUCACCGUUCCCACCAACUUCACCGAUGCCCAACGCGAGGCCCUCAUCGCCGCUGCCAAGGCCGCCGGCAUUGAGGUUCUCCAGCUGAUUGCUGAGCCCGUUGCUGCCGUCAUGGCCUACGAUGCCCGCCCCGAGGCUACCGUGACCGACAAGCUGGUCGUUGUGGCCGACUUCGGUGGCACCCGCUCCGAUGUGGCCGUCAUUGCUUGCCGCGGUGGUAUGUACACCAUCCUGGCUACCGCCCACGACUACGAGCUUGGCGGUGCCUCCUUGGACCAGGUCAUCAUCGACCACUUCGCCAAGGAGUUCAUCAAGAAGCACAAGACCGACCCCCGCGAGGAUGCCCGUGGUCUGGCCAAGCUGAAGCUCGAGGGUGAGGGUACCCGCAAGGCUCUCAGCCUCAGCGCCAACGCUCAGCUCAGCAUUGAGUCCCUGGUGGACGGCAUUGACUACGGUUCCACCGUCAACCGCACCCGCUUCGAGCUGCUCUCCAACAAGGUCUUUGCUCAGUUCACUGGUCUGAUCGAGCAGGUUGUCAAGAAGGCCGAGCUUGAUGUUCUUGACAUCGACGAGGUCAUCUUCUCCGGUGGUGCCUCCCACACCCCCAAGAUUGCUCAGUUGGCUGCCAACAUCUUCCCCGAGACCACCACCAUCCUGGCCCCCUCGACCUCCACUUCCGCUAUCAACCCCUCUGAGCUGUCUGCCCGUGGUGCCGCCUUCCAGGCCUCCCUCGUUCAGGAGUUCGAUGCCGAGGAUAUCGAGCAGUCCAUUCACCCCAUGGUGACUGUGACCCCCCACCUGAGCAAGGCCAUCGGUGUUGAGUUCACCUCCAACAACGAGACCAGCUUCCAGCCCCUCCUGAACGCCGACACUGCUCUUCCGGCUCGCCGAAUCGCCCAGUACACUGCCCCCAAGGAGGGCGGCGAUGUUCUGGUCCGCGUUUGCGAGGGUGCCCGUGAGAUCAAGGUCACCAAGCCCGAGCCCAAGACCAAGGAGGAGAAGCCCGCUGAUGAUGAGGACUCGGAUUUCGACUCCGAUGAGGAGGAGGAGGACAUCCGCGAGAUUGUCUGGAAGACCGAGAACCCCGUUGCCGAGCUCGCCGUUAAGGGUGUCAAGGCCGGCUCCAAGGUCGAGGUUAUGGUCCAUGUCAACCCCGACCUGGGUCUGCAGAUCGCCGUGCGCGAGGUCGGUGGCUCUACCGCCGUCCGUGGUGCCAUCAACGGCUCCGCUUAG